UAUGCAUACACACACUACCAAAGAAGUCUCUUUGGACAACAACCCAAUAGCAAGUACUAGGAGUCUCUUAUAACCUUUUGUCCAAAAAGGUGAAAAAGAGGCAGCAAAUCAAGAAAUGGGUUCUCCUUUUCUUCUUCCAAAACCAUCAUUUCUUGGAGUUUCUCUCUUUAUUUUGGUUACUUUCUGCCUUCUUCCUGAACCUGCAUUUGGCAGAACCAGGCAUUACAAGUUUGAUAUCAAGUUGCAAAAUGUGACUCGUUUGUGCCACACCAAGAGCAUAGUAACUGUAAAUGGAAUGUUUCCUGGACCUCGCAUUGUAGCUAGGGAGGGUGACAAUCUUCUUAUUAAGGUGGUCAACCAUGUCCAAAACAACAUCUCUCUCCAUUGGCAUGGAAUUAGGCAGCUUCGAAGUGGGUGGGCCGAUGGACCGGCAUACAUAACACAAUGUCCUAUCCAAACUGGUCAGCACUAUUUAUACAACUAUACUGUUGUUGGCCAGAGAGGCACCCUUUGGUGGCAUGCACAUAUUUCCUGGUUAAGAUCAACUCUUUAUGGCCCCAUUAUCAUUUUCCCCAAACGCGGAGUUCCUUACCCUUUUGCUAAGCCAUACAAGGAAGUACCCAUCACCUUUGGAGAGUGGUUUAAUGCAGAUACUGAAACUAUCAUUAAACAGGCCUUGCAAACAGGUGGAGGUCCAAAUGUUUCUGAUGCCUAUACGAUUAAUGGGCUUCCAGGGCCAUUGUAUAACUGCUCUGCCAAAGAUACAUUUAAACUGAAGGUGAAAACUGGCAAGACUUACAUGCUUCGCCUGAUCAACGCUGCACUCAACGAUGAGCUCUUCUUCAGUAUAGCAAACCACACACUAACAGUUGUUGAUGUUGAUGCUGUUUAUGUUAAGCCUUUCGAAACCAAGAUAUUGCUGAUUGCACCAGGACAAACUACAAAUGUUCUUCUUAAGACCAAACCCAGUUUCCCAAAUGCCGCAUUUUUCAUGACUGCUAGACCUUAUGUUACUGGACAAGGCACUUUCGACAAUUCAACUGUGGCAGGAAUUUUAGAAUAUGAACCCUCAACCCUCUCUAACAAAAAGCUUCCACUCUUCAAACCAUCUUUGCCUGCUCUUAACGACACUGCCUUUGCCACUAAUUUUACGAAUAGACUUCGUAGCUUGGCAAGUGCCCAAUUCCCUGCCAAUGUUCCUCAAGUGGUAGAUAAGCAAUUUUUCUUCACAGUAGGCCUAGGGACAAACCCUUGCCCGAAAAACCAAACUUGCCAAGGACCAAAUGGAACUAAGUUUGCUGCCUCAAUUAACAACAUAUCUUUUGCAAUGCCAACUACAGCUUUGCUCCAAGCACAUUAUUCCGGCCAAUCAAAGGGUGUUUAUUCUCCUUAUUUCCCAAUUAGUCCAAUAAUACCAUUUAACUAUACUGGCAAUCCACCAAACAAUACUAUGGUCAGCAAUGGGACUAAGCUUGUUGUCCUUUCUUAUAACACUAGUGUGGAGCUAAUUCUGCAGGAUACCAGCAUUCUUGGUGCUGAGAGUCACCCUCUUCACUUGCAUGGAUUCAAUUUCUUCGUUGUCGGUCAAGGUUUUGGGAACUUUGAUCCAAAGAAAGAUCCUGCUAAGUACAAUCUUAUUGACCCUGUUGAGAGGAACACUGUUGGUGUGCCCUCUGGCGGGUGGGUUGCUAUAAGGUUCCGUGCUGAUAAUCCAGGGGUAUGGUUCAUGCAUUGCCAUCUAGAAGUGCACACAAGCUGGGGUUUGAAGAUGGCUUGGGUUGUAUUGGAUGGAAAGCUUCCCAACCAGAAGUUGCGCCCUCCACCAGCUGAUCUUCCAAAAUGUUGACACUUGAGCUACUUAUGACUACAUCCUGACCAGAAAAAUUUCUCAAUUGUUUUUCUUUUCCCCAAUUUGUUUUUGUAACCCAGUUUUAUUCUUUUGGCCCUUCAUUUUUCUUUCAAUUACUUUUGUGCUUUAAUUGUUCUUCAAUAACUAUUUAGCUGCCCUUGUGGAGUUGAGAGAAGGAAAAAUAUGAACAAUUUUUGUAACAUGAAAUGUACUGUGAGAUACCUCAAUAAUAUUAUCAGGUUUUUCUUAA